AGAAGAAGUUGUCGGAAAUGGAAGGGAAGCUGCAGUUUGUAGCAGCAAAUAACUGAAGAGAAACAGGCGAUUAAAAGUUUAUGUUUUUGCAGUAAUGCUCAGGUUAAUAUGAUUCGUGUUUUUCUUGUAAUCGAAUAAUCGGUCCGUUGCAGCUAAAGGCUAAGAACCGAGCACAGGAACAACUUACAAGCAGCCAUGGCAGAGGCUGGAGCUCAUCUGAACGCUGCCUCUGUGAGCGGGCAUCCAUCAGUCUUUGAGGUCUUGGCUCAGGAGUCGCUGAUGGAGACGAUCAGGCCGGCAUUGAGACAUGCUGUAAAGGUUCUGGCACAGUCUGACCCAUCCCAUUUUGGCUUCCUGUGGCAGACCUAUGAUGAGCUGUAUCUCCUGCUCGACCUGCUCCUCCAGAACCACUUUUUGUUUCACUAUAACGGCUCAUUUUCUGAGAACUUCUACAGUCUGAAAAGAGUUCCCGUGUCAGGAGGGCAAAGACUGCCAAGGAUGUCAAACUGGUGCUCUCUUCUUCUUCUGUGUCUAGUGCCGUACCUGCGAGCCAAGCUGGAGAAGAUUCUGGCACAGCAAAGGGAAGAAGAGGACUUCUCCAUCCGGCUAGGGCAGACCAGGGCUCAGAGGAUAUACCAGGCAGCGGUGGCAGCUUAUCCGUAUGUCAGUGCUGCCUGGCAGGCCUGGGUCUUCUGCCAGUGUGUGCUCUAUGUCUUUGGGGGAACAAAGACCCAUAAUCCCCUGCUGUGGCUGGCACGAGUCAGACUUGCACGACUUACUAUUCAAGACAUCAAAGAUAUGGAGCUGAAAACUCAAACAAGUGGCUACCAAGCUGACUGGAGCUUGGCACAGAGAGCAUGGUGGAUGAUGUCACGAGUGGCACGGGGUGUAGCAGCCUCCCUCUCCACCUCGCUGUCUGUCGGGGUCUUCUUCCUGCAGUUCCUGGAUUGGUGGUACACCUCUGACAACCAGAGCACAGUGAAAGCGCUCACCUCCUUGCCUGUGCCUCCGCCACCUGUCCACCUCCACCACAAACUCAUCGGCGGCCAAAAACGUGAUGGUUCACCAUCGAUCUUGCCCAGCCAUAGGGAAGAAGCCCAGCUCACACCAGCCAGCGCUGACACUCAGUCUGUAUCAACAUCCUCCUGCUCCAGUAGGACCUGUCCCCUGUGCAGGAGGGUUUUCACCAACGCCACCGCCCUCUCCACUUCUGGUUUCGUCUUCUGUUAUCGAUGCAUUUAUCCGUAUGUGAAAGCCAAUCACCGCUGCCCAGUGACUGGUUACCCCACUGAACUACAACACGUGGUGAGAAUAUACAUGCCGGACAGCUAGAUGGCAGGAUGAUGUCUGAUAUCAGACUGGCAACUAACCAGUUGUUUUUACUCACAUCAUUUUCACCCAAAGAAUGCUGGGAUAGGCUCCAGGUCCCCAUGACCCCGAGAGAGGAGUAAGUUGGUAUAGAAAAUGAAUAAUGACUGCUCAAGGGGUGGCAUGGUUAAUAAGUUCCAGUCAGGUAAGAAUUUUCCUGGAAAUGCUUCCUGCCAGAGGUUAGCAUGGUUGUGUAUUAGCUAAGUAUUAUACGCUGAUGCUAAAUGUUUGACAAAGCAUGUGAUUUGCAUCUUAACUUGAUGGAAUCUAGCAAUGUCAACACUAAAUGUUUUCAUUCAGUUCAUACUACGGCUGAAAAAACAUCUGUCUCUACAGCAGUUUUUAAAAGGUAAGUUUGACCUUUUUUAAACUUGGGCUCUAUAUUAGUUGUGGGGUUAAUCUGUUCACUCUGGAUAAAAAUGAUUUAAUCAGCACAGUAUUGAUUUGGAACACAAGCACCGUACAGGACAAGCUAAAAAACAUUUGACGGUAAACCCUUAAGUUAGCUACUUUACCUUGUAGCCGUCCCGCAGUGCUGCUGUCCAGUCUUUGUCUGUUCCCAAUGAGGUAAAUGUGCAUGUUUGCUUCUGUAGAGACCAUCUCUUUGUGCUACGGGAUACUUGAGAUUUUCGCCUGUUUCAUGGAGACAAGUAGCAGUUGACCUUGCGUUUAUAGCUUGCCCCAUACAAUUAAUUAGGUGGUUAUCCCUGUGACUAUGUUGGAAAUUCAUUUUGUCCGAGGAGUGCUGCAACGGUCUGUAGCUGAUCUGUGACCUGUGUGUACAACCCCUGACUUUAUGACAACUUAACUGGACUCUGUGGACCACAAAGCACACUGUGGCUGAAUUUUCUGUGUGCUAAGCAAAUUAUAUUGUAACGUUUUAUAAAUGACCUGAUUGAAGGUGUGCAGCGGUGCAUUUGCA